ACGUUUUUAAGGUUAUUUUCAGUCAAUUUAUUAUAAUUACAAUGUGUAUUCCUCCUACACACGACAUUUUAUGUCAUUAAUGAAGAUGAGUGGAAAGUUUUCUUAGUAUUGUAAAUUCAAUAAUAAAAAAUAAUCCAUGGAUUCAACCACGCCAGAUUCUUGUAAUUAACUGUAGAUUAAAAAGAAAAAAAAUGUCAAAUACUUUCUAACGAGAUGGAAGACAAAAAUCAGGUACUUAAUAACGAAGAAAACAAUUUGGGAAAAAAUUAUCAAUUAACUGAGGAUUUGGAUAACAAUAAAGAAAUCGAUAGUCAAACGGAAUUAAAUGCAAAUCACCAAGAUGAGGAACUUCCUUCCGAUGAUGAAGAGAAUGAAACAAUAUUUACAAAGACAAAUACAAAUCUUUUAAAUUCCCUUUUUGAAGAGUCGAGAAAUUUUACCAUAGACACUGAAUCGUCAAAUAAUUUUGAAAUUUCAAAUUCCAAAAAAUUAUUUUCAUUAAAUUUACAAAAUGAUGAUGAAGAAAAAUCUAUUUCUGACGAAAUAAACAAUGAUUCAACUAAAGUUGUUAAUAUUUCGUCAAAUAGUUCAUCGCCUGUUAAAACAGUUUGUAUAAUUGAGAAAAAUUCCGAUAACACAUUUGAAGAAUCAGAUAAAAAUCAAUUAGUUUCAAAUUUAAAAAAUGAAUAUAAAAAAUUGAAUACACUAAAAAAUUAUCGACCAACAUUAUCAGAUGAUAGUAAACUUGUUAAAAUUUCAUUACCCUCAAAUCCAAUAAAUUUAAUGCAAUCAAACGCUCAAUUUCUCAAUAAAAGUCGAAAUUUUUUUAAUUUUAUCAGUGAAAAAUCAUCAAACAUUAUGGAAAAAACUUUAUUACCACAUAAUAUUACAAAUCGUUAUAAUUCACUUUUAAAAUUGACAGAUUCUAAUAGUGUCAAGAAACAAAUAGAAGAAACAAGUUCUGAAUCAUCAUCAUCAUCGUCAGUUGAUCUUAUCUCAAGUUCCGAGAUAGAUUUAUCAAAAAUAUCAAAAACAACAGAUGAACAAAUUUCAUCAAAUAGUAUUUAUUUUAAAGAUGAAUCAAAUAUUGAUUUUUCCAAUAAUGAAAUAAUUGAAAGAAAAGAAGAAAAUUCUUAUUUAAAUGAUAAUUUUGAAAAAAGUAAUUUGAAUAAAAAAAUGAAUCAUUCUCCAUUGGAAUCAGAAGAAAAUAGUCCAAGACAAAUUUCAGAAGAAGAUUCCGAAAGUUCUUAUCGUGAUGAUUCAAUUGAUUCGGCUAUUUCAAAAAGUCCAAAUAAUGAAUUAUAUAAUCAUCCAACGUAUUUAGCACUUUUGAGAGAUUAUGCGGCGAUGAAAAAAGAAAAUGAAAAAUUAAUUACCAAAUUGUCAAAAAAUGAGGAAAAAAAUCAAAAUUCCGAAUCUGAAAAGAAUGAAGAAUUUAUAACCAUGGAAAGAACAAUUGAUCGUUUAACAAAUGAAUUAAAAAAUGCUUUAGCUAAUCUUGAAUCAACAAAUAAAGAAUUCAGUAUUGCUAAUAAGGAACGAGAGUGUAUGGUCAUGAAAUAUGCAGUCAGCGAAAAGCAAUUGAUUGACGUUCAAAGAGCCAGAGAUUUAGCUGAGAGAAAAUUAAAAGAAAUUUCACGUGAACACGAAUUACUGCAAAGUAAAUUGAGACAAUCACAAGGUGAACGUUCGAGAAUUUGCAAUAUUUUAGAUAAUAAAUGCGCCGAAUUAGUGGAAUUACAAAAACAAAUUGAUCGUUUAAAAGAAGAUAUAAAUAUGAAAGAAGUAAAAUUAAAAUGGACACAAAAUAAACUCAAAACAGAAAUUGAUCUUCAAAAGGAAAUACAACAAAAAUUAUUAAUUGCAACGGCAAAAAUAAAUGAAGUAAAAGAAGAAAGUGAAUUGAUUAAAAAAGAAACACAGGAGACAAUGAGAAAAUUUCAAUUGUCUGAAGAAAAUAAAGCAGUUAGUUUGGAUCAACAAUUAAAGGAACAACAGGCUCAAUUAAUUUUAGAAAGACACGUGACAGAGGAUAAAGAAAAUAUACGACUUCAUUUACAAAAAGAAGUCGAAUCUUUAAAGCAUCGUCAACAAAUUUUAAUUGAAGAAAAUAGUAAUCUCAGUUUGAAAUUACAGGAUUUUGAAAAUGAUCGAUCGUCCUAUGAUAGUAGUUUGAGUAAUUUAAAAUCAAUAGCCGAUCAACGACAAAAUGAAAUUGCGGAAUUAUCAUCAAAAGUAGAAGAAUUAGAAACUUUCAAAAUUCAAUUGCAGCAAAAAGAUCAAUGUUUAUUGUCAAUCGAAACGAAAAUCAAAUAUUAUGAGGAAACAAAUAAAGAACUUCAAAUUGAUAUGCAAUCGUGUAGACAACGUGAAGGACAAAUGCUUGAGUUUACUCAGAAAUUAACUGAUAAAAAUGUACAACUUCAAUCGGAAUUAAUUGCCAAUGAGGCGAAAAAUAAAUCUUUGGAAAAAGAACAGGGUCCAUUACAUGAACGUAUCGUUGAACUUGUAAAUAAAGUGAAAUUAUUGGAGGAGAGUCUCGCUGCUGAACAAAAAAAACGUUUAGAAGAUUGUGAAAUACUUGCAAAACACGUCGCUGAACAGACACAAUUUUCACAAAUUAUUUCACAAAAACUCGAAGACAGUGAGGGUGAAAAUACAGUUUUAAAAAGGAAACAUCAAUUAUCGUUGAAAGAAAUGACCAGAGAAUUACAACAUUGUAGAAAACGAUUGGAAAUGUUUGAGACAGCAUCUCCUGGCAGUUCUUUGGAUCCAACUUCGAGAACUGGUUCCAGUACAUCUUUAAAUACAGGAGAAACAAUAAACGGUGCCUUGUCAGAUAAUAGCAAUAGUGCUGAUAAUUCAAUUCAAUCAGUAGAUAGACAAUCGUUAAUAGAGAAGAUAAUAAAAAUGCAAAAGAUAAAUGUGAAAAAAGCAGAGAAAAUAGACUUUUUGGAAGAACAUGUGCGAUCAUUGGUCGCUGAAUUGCAAAAGAAAACAAAAAUUAUACAAAACUAUAUUCUAGUUGAAAAUUUCGAUGCCAUGAGUACUAAUGAGAGAGAUAGAAAUAAGCGUAUCAAGAGUAAAAGGAAUGCAGCAGAAUUAGCAAAAUACGGUGGAAUAAUGGCUUCGGUUUACAAUCACAAAGUAUCAGACGAUCAUAUGACACUGGAACUCUCCCUCGAGAUAAAUCAGAAAUUGCAGUCAGUAUUAGAAGACACAUUACUCAAAAAUAUCACAUUAAAAGACAAUAUCGACACACUGGGAGAAGAAAUUGCAAAGCUGACUAUGCAAAUUCAACAGAAACAAAGUGCAAAGUAAAGAUGAAUAGUAUUUCAAGAACUUACAAUUUACCAGGUAAAGUAUUAUUGUCAAAGGUGCUUUGAUAUUGUACUUAACAAGAAAGACAUUUAGAAAAAAGAAAAGAAAAGACUUUUGAAAAGAAAGUAUUUUUAAAAAAGAAACAAUUUUUAGAAAUGAGAAAGAAUUUAAACAAAAGGUAUGUAUGUGUGUGUAAGACUGGAAUUUCAUAAUUAACGAGCGGAGAACAAGAAUUUUUUUUUUUUUUAAAAACAAUAAUGAAAAAAAAUUUUCAUAAGAAACAAAGAAUUGUCUAUUUUUAUCUAUUUUAUUUUCGCAUUUUAAAGAUUAUUAAUAUUUUAUUUUAAAUUUUUAUUUAUGUUUCUUGCCAUUUCUAGUCAAAUUGUUAAACUUACAUUUUCAUAUAAUAUUUCAGAAAUAGCAUAUCAUUUUAUAUUUUCCUAAUGUAUAAAUAAUCUCAGUUUUUAUUUUUAAUUAGAUUUAGAUUAUGGAAUAUAUUUAAGUCAAUUUUAAAUGGGAAUUCCUUAAUUUUAAGUUUAAAAAAAGAAACUUUAAAAAAUAUUUCAAUUUUUAAAAAAAGCUUCCAUUUAAUUUCAAAUUGUCAAAAUAAUUUGAAAAAAAAAAAUAUUUGUACAUAUUGUAUCCCCAAAAGCGCAUUGGCGUCUAAAAAAUGUUUAAUUACUAUUUGUUAUAAAAAAAAACAAAUCUCUAUGUAUGAAAGUAAAUGAAAAAUAUAAGCAUGUGUUAUUCUUAAAUUGUGUUUAAAAAUUUUAAUCUUACCAAGAAACAUAAGAAAUUAAAAGCAAAAUUUUAUUCACAAAAAUUGUUGGCAUCUUUUUUAUUUUGAAAUUUCAUUAAUAAUAUAAGAAUAGAAAAGAUAAAUUAAUUUUUUUUUUUUUUUUGAUUACUGCAUGAAAUUUAUAUUUUUGAAUGAGAACCUCGACAGGUCUUUUAAUUUUAACUACUGAAGAGGUGUAAUUUCUCUCUAGAAUCAACCCUUCUUUUGCAUAGUUGCACAGUAUACGUUGGUGCUAUUAAACCAUGGUGUAUCAAAGCCCCUGAAGCUCGCAGGACCCUAAAACUCGCUCCUCUCUAGAAUCCCCUUUGGAUGAUGAGAAGCCUGGAUCCCGAGAGCGCGCAGCCUCUCUCUCUUUGUCUUUAAAGCUGAUGUACUCUUAUCAAAUAUAUUUUCCCAUCGUUCGCGAACUCAAUUUAAAGCAGAUAUUCUCUUAACGUAAAUUCAUCGUUGAGAUAUGAACAUAUCGGUUUAAAGUCGAUUUAUUUUCGGAUGGUAUUUUCUCCUCUCUACAAUUUUAUUCGCCCUUUCAAAUAAAUUCACCCUCGCUCUUGCCCGCGCAGCUCUCCCUCUUUUAAUUUCACUUGUUUAUCUUUUUUUUUUUUUUUUGUUUUUUUGUUUUACCCUUCGCGAAAGCGAAAUUCUCUACAACCAAACCAUGUAAUGUUGAAAGUCUAAAAAAUAUUUGAGAAAAGUUUUCUAUUUCUUUUUAAUUUUCUAAAUGUAAAUUUUUUUUUUUUUAAUCUUUAGCUCUGCAUUUUUUUUUUUAGAAAAUAAUUUCGAUUAUUUGAUUGUAGAAUACUUUUUUUUAAAUUCCAAUUAUUUUGCAUAAGAGAAAAAGAAUAUUUUUCACAAGGAUAAGAGAAAAAAAGGAUCAAUAAACAUCAUUGCUAAUUAUAUUUAUUAACUCCUUAAAAAGGACAAUUUUUCGCAGAGAAAAAUGUUUGUAGGUUUUUUUUUUUUUUUUUUAAAUUAGUUAUAACAAAGAUGAAUUAGUAGAAUAUUUAAGUGCAGGCUUUCUAUUAAUUAUUAUUAAUAUAUUUAGUAGAUAGAAUAAUGUUGAAAAUCUCUGGUAUAGAUUGGUAACAAGUGUUUUCUUCAGCAAAAAUGUAGAAAACAAAUAAUUGACAUAAUUUCCUUUUUUUUUGUUGUUGUCAAAAAAUGCUGUUAUUAAAGAGCCGAUCUUUAAAAAAAAAAAAAAAAAAAGAAGCUAGAAAAUCAAAUAAUUUCACUCAUUAAAUAUUUAUCCUCACAUUUUCGAAUCUCUUAGUUACCUAGAAAUAAAAUUCAAUUUUCUAAUAUGAAAAACAAUUUUCAUUGAGCCAAUUUAAAAAUUUUCGAGAAAAAAAAAUAUAUAAGCGAACAAAAGGAGGGAAAAAAAAUUCAAAAAUCAAAUUAAUAUGAAAAGAACAUAUAAUUUUCUUUAAUAAUAUGUAGCAGUAAUAAUAGCGAUUAAUAAUAAUAAUAAUAAUAAUCAUAAUAAUAAUAAUAAUAAUAAUAAUAAUAAUAACAUGAAUCGUUUGGCAUCGUAUGGUUGCUUUACAUCGUUACUUUGUGGUGUAUUGAAUCGUUAUUAUAUAUGAAUUACCAGUCGCCAUGUGUGCACUGACCAUUUUUUUUUUUUUGUAUUAUUAUUUAUAUAUUAGAAAAGCGGGUUAUUCCACUUUUUGCCGGCAGUAGAGACCAAAUUGUUAAUAAUAAUUUAAAAAAAAAGUGAUUUCUAAGCAAUAGCCGUACAAAUAUCAAAUCGCAAAUAAUUAAACGACAACAAUAAACGGAUAAUAUAAUAGAAAUUAAAUAAUAGCAUACAACUAGAAUUAAAAUCGGACUCAUAUAUAUAUGUAUAAUCAUUAACGCAUACCAAUGGCAAUUUAAUAUCUAGUAAUAUUUAAAAAAAAAAAAAGAAAAAAAAAAUUCGUCAACGGAAUUAAAUAACCAAUAAUCGCAAACAUAAAAUAAGAUACGCGAACCAGAAUUUUCUGGUACAUUUUCUCACAAAUUUUUUUUUUUCGAAUUAGAAGCACCAAUGUUAAAUUAUAAUAAUUUUGUCGUCGAAUAUACAAUUUUUUUUUUUUUUUCUUUCAAUAAAA